AUGGCCUUUGAAAUACCAGCUCAGCUCUAUUACAAGAUUCAAAGUGACUUCGUUCUGGGAAACCAAUGGGAACCAACAGGAGUCUCGGAAUAUCGGGGCUAUUUCGGACUAGAAGGGGGUUGUACGAAUGUUAAAGGUGGCGUGGAUAAGAGAAAGGGUGUGGAGUCGGAUAAGGGAAAGGGUGUGGAGUCGUAUAAGAGAGAGGGUGUGGUGUCUGAUAAGAGAGAGGGUGUGGAGUCGGAUAAGGGAAAGGGUGUGGAGUCGGAUAAGGGAAAGGGUGUGGAGUCGGAUAAGGGAAAGGGUGUGGAGUCGUAUAAGAGAGAGGGUGUGGUGUCUGAUAAGAGAGAGGGUGUGGAGUCGGAUAAGAUAGAAGUUGUGAAGUCGGAUAAUUAUAAUGGCAGUAUUUGA